CUUACUCCCCGCAAGCUACGGUUCUCCCUGCUUUCAUUUUCUUUUCCGGAUCCACGCAUCGUAGGAGUCGAUCUCAGUCUCUCUGUUGCUGGGUUUUCGGUUUUUUCAAAUUUUGUCUCCAUUAGCAUUGCUUGUUUACAUUGCAGGGCGGAUCAAAAUGUUUACCGCAAGGAAGAAAAUUCAGAAGGACAAGGACCUUGAGCCAUCUGAGUUUGAGGAGAGUGUUGCUCAGGCUUUAUUUGAUUUGGAGAACAAUAACCAGGAGUUGAAGAGUGACCUGAGAGACCUUUACAUCAAUUCGGCAGUCCAAAUGGAUGUAGCUGGCAACCGGAAAGCUGUUGUUAUACAUAUACCCUACAGACUUCGGAAAGCCUAUAGGAAAAUUCAUGUGAGGCUUGUAAGAGAGUUGGAGAAGAAGUUCAGUGGCAAGGAUGUGAUUCUUAUUGCAACGCGAAGGAUAUUAAGGCCACCCAAGAAAGGUUCAGCUAUUGUGCGCCCUCGCAGCCGCACCCUCACUGCUGUUCAUGAUGCCACCUUGGAAGAUGUUGUAUACCCAGCAGAAAUUGUUGGGAAGCGUAUAAGAUAUCAUUUGGAUGGAUCCAAGAUCAUCAAGAUUUUCCUGGACCCAAAGGAACGCAACACCACCGAGUAUAAGCUGGAAACAUUCACUGGAGUCUACCGCAAGCUCUGUGAGAAAGAUGUGGUGUUCGAAUAUCCGGUGACUGAGAGCGCAUGAAGAUGCUAUUGGGGGGUUGUCUAGAUCUUUAAACAUUUUUGUUGUGAGGCAUUUGCUUUGGUUAUUUUGUUUAUCGUGAGAAUUAAAAGGUUUUGAUGACUUGAUAUUCAGUUAAUUUCAAUAUUUUGUCUUCACUGCCAUCUCGUGUAUUUAAGGUUUUCUUAUCAUAUUUAGAGAAUGUAAGAGGAGAUUUGUUGGAA